AUGUUGUUUCAAGAGGCAACAAUUUACGCAGGGCUUUUGUCCCUAGCUUCUGCGUAUUUGAUCGAACCUCCAACUACGGCGGCACCGGAUACAGCCAAAGACUGUUCUGCAUGGCAGGUAGCUACACAGGACGACACAUGCGUAGCCAUUGCAGAAAACUGGUUGAUUAGUGAAGCAGAUUUCCAGGCCUAUAAUCCCUCCGUUGGCUCAAGCUGCAAGCUCAUUGUUGGCAACUCAUACUGUGUCGAGCGUAACUACGGUGUGCCUCAGUCCGAUCCGAUGCCAACGCCGACACCUGUACCGACAACCAGCUCAGCCGUACCCACGAAGCCUUCUCCAACCAACGAGGUCAGCACACCCAGGCCAAUCCAAGAUGGCAUGGUCAGCAACUGCAACAAGUUCUAUUUUGUGGUCAAGGACGAUACGUGCUAUGAUACAGCGGCAAAGUUCUCCAUAUCGCUGGACAAUUUUUACCUCUGGAAUCCAGCGGUUGGUACCGACUGCAAGAAACUCUUUCCCGACACGUACGUCUGCGUAGGUGUGAUCGGGUCCAGUGCAACACCUACACCCACCCCAGGACCGAGCACCACUAUUCGUCCAAGCACGACCAAAGCCACACCCACCAAUGGAAUCAGCACGCCAACUCCCAUACAAUCUGGCAUGGUCAACAAUUGCGACGAUUUCUAUUUCGUCAAGGACAAUGACAUCUGCGCCGACAUUGUCAAAGCAUACGGCAUAUCGCUUGAACAAUUCUACGCCUGGAAUCCUGCCGUGGGCAACACAUGCUCCUCACUCCAGGCCAGAUACUACGUCUGUGUCUCAAUCGUUGGUGUUAGCCCAUCGACGCUCAAGACAACUACAAAGCCUACUAAGUACGUAUGCCCGUCGGCAACUCCAACACCGACCACGACCAAAGGCGGAGUUGCGACGCCGACACCUGUCCAGAGUGGGAUGACGGGCAAUUGUAAAAAGUUCUAUAAGGUUGUCAAGGAUGAUGCGUGUUGGGCGAUUGCGAAUACGUAUAAGAUUGCCCUAGAUGACUUUUACAAAUGGAAUCCUGCGGUUGGCAGUUCGUGUGCUGGGCUGCAAUACGAUUAUUAUGUAUGCGUUGGGAUAUAG